AACCAACCGCGGGACGACCAUCGUGCAUUUUUCGUGCGGUCUAUUUAAUCCUUCUAAUCAUCUCCCGCGGCUGAAUAACCGAACAAAUUACACAAUGGAUCCAAACGACGCGUCUCUCACCUGUGCGGUCAACAUCGAGUGGAACAAUUCGCAAGGUACAACGAUGCGUAAGUUCGCCAACAAACAAGCGACGCUACGACUAACCCGCAACGCGUUGAAGGAAAUGUUCCUCGAAAUCACCGCUGAAAAGCAUCAUCCGAUGCAGUUGAAACUCCGGAGCUUCACCGUGCAUUCCAAGUUCAUGGUCGAAGGAAAAGCGAGCGUCAAAUUUAACGACGAAAAGUGCACUUUGUUCCUUUCAAACGCCCCACCCGGUCCGCUUGCUCAGUUUUUGAAGGUAAUUUACGUCAAGGUAACAAACGGAAAUGGUGGCAACGGCGGGGCACCGCCAAGCAAGGAGGAACUAUUGAAAAAGUCCCGCGCGAAGAUGUUGGCCGGAAAACCGAUCAACCAGUUUGAUGAUAUCAGUCCCGUUACGACAAAUGAACUGGUGAAGGCCCGAAAGCUUGCGCUCGGCACAGGCUCGGUAACGACACCGUCGCCACCAUUAAAGCGCAAACGAUUAUCGGGCGACUCUGCAAACGAUCGUCCGGCGGCAAAGAAACUGUAUUCUUCGUACGAAGAUAGCUCCGCAGAAAUGACCGAACAGAAACUCAAUGAACAGCAGAAACGUAUCCUUGACGCGUGUCAAACGGGUCGAAGCGUCUUCUUCACCGGUUCCGCGGGUACGGGCAAGAGUUUCCUGCUAAGAAAGAUCAUUGCCACCCUACCACCCGAUGGAACGGUAGCUACGGCUUCUACCGGAGUGGCCGCAUGUUUGAUCGGGGGUACGACACUGCAUUCGUUCGCCGGAAUUGGGAGCGGCGAGGCAGCGUUGCAGAACUGCUUCGAGAAAGCGUCCCGUGCGAACACGGCCCAGAUAUGGCGUAAGUGUAAAAGACUGAUUAUAGAUGAAAUUUCGAUGGUGGACGCAGAUUUCUUCGAGAAAAUCGAAGCCGUUGCACGGUAUAUUCGCAAAAACGACAAACCCUUCGGGGGCAUCCAGCUGAUACUGUGUGGUGAUUUCUUCCAGCUUCCUCCCGUCGAUCGCCAAGAAAACCGUCCAAAGCCGGGUCAGUACUCGCAGGAUAACGACGUCGGUCCUCGGGUUCGUUUCUGCUUUGAGUCGAAAGUGUGGCAAGAGUGCAUCCAGGCUUCGUACGAGCUAACGAUAGUCCAUCGACAGAAAGACCAAGAGUUUGUUGGCAUUCUCAACAGCAUCCGUAUUGGACGCGUUACGAACGAAAUAACGGCGCGACUGCAAAAAACGGCCUCACAGCGCAUCGAAACCGAGGGCAUUCUGGCCACGCAGCUCUGUUCCCACACCAGCGAAGUGGACGCGAUCAACCGGGCCAAGCUGGAGGCGAUCCAGAGCGAGGCGAAAACGUUCGAGGCCAAGGACAGCGAUCCGUACAGCGCGAAGCAGCUCGACCAAGCGGUGCAGGCACCCGCCAAGCUGACGCUGAAAAUAGGCGCCCAGGUGAUGCUGCUGAAGAACUACAACAUUGCCGAGGGUCUGGUAAAUGGCGCCCGGGGGGUUGUGAUGAAUUUUGUCCAGGGACUACCACUAGUCAAAUUCAAGCGCCGCGAACUAGUCGUACGCAGCGAGAAGUGGUCGGUUAAGACGGCCUCCGGUAUGGUGCUUACACGUACGCAGCUUCCCCUGAAGCUGGCCUGGGCGUUUUCCAUCCACAAAUCGCAAGGCCUCACCUUGGACUGCGUUGAACUCUCACUGGCGAAAGUUUUCGAAGCCGGGCAGGCGUACGUGGCGCUCAGCCGGGCCCAAAGUCUCGACAGUAUCAGGGUGCUGGACUUCGAUCUGAAGCAAGUCUGGGCAAACCCCAAAGUGCUCGAGUACUAUCGGAACUUGCGGAGACAGAUCGCCAACGAAAAUCUUAUGAUGCCGGUCGCCGUGAAACCGAAAGCUGGCCAGAAGGGUCCGAAUCUUAAAAAAUCUCUAUCGGCAAUGGGAUUAUCGAAGGCGGUCAUGAGCAAACCUCUUAUGACGAUCAAGUGAUAAUGCGGUAGCAUUUAUUAUUCUCAUUUAGUGGCAAUCUUUCCCUCGAAAAUCUAAUACUAUUAAGUUCAAUCACCUUUUCAUAUUCAUUUCUGAUAACUGCCCUGGAUAAGUGAUACGCGCAGGCCGGAUGGAUGUGAAUUAUCCUCAGAGUAUUCUAGUGUACGGCUCGUUUAAUAGAUCAAAUUGUUAGGCAUUAAGUUGACACCACUAAAACUAGGACUAUAUUUGAGUGCUUUUUUGUCAUUAAACUGAGUACGUAAAUAACAGAUAAAAUAAAUGAAUGUAAUAAUAUACUCAU